AUUUGUAGUAUAAAAUAGCUAAUUAGAAUUUAAUAAAAUAUAUAAUUAAUAAAAUGCUUCAGUCAACGUUAUAUAAUCAACAUAGAAUAGAAACACAUAGAGCUUUAGAACUUCUGGGAGAUUAUUAUGCAAAAUUAACAAAAACGCACGAAAAACAACUAACUCUGGAAAUAGAACGAUUGAUUCGAGUACUUAAAAGUAGAUUUUUCCAAGCUCUAAUAGAUAUUCAAGAGUUUUAUGAAAUAAGUUUAUUAGAUAUAAUAAGAACAAAUAACAUAAUCUCGACAAACAAUUCUAUUUCCUUAAAAACAUGGAAUAAUUAUAAUAAAGAUAUAAGUUUCUCUUCGUCUUUUUCUAGUCCUGACACAAAUUUAUGUAGCAAUAAUAAAGGAAAGUGGAAGUAUGGAGAUAUUUGUAUUAUACGAGGUGGAACUGGACUAGGUUUUAGUAUUGCAGGUGGAACUGAUAAUCCUCAUUUACCAAAUGACUUUUAUAUAUAUAUUACCAAAAUAAUACCUCAUGGUGCAGCAGCAGUUGAUGGUCGACUUCAAAUUAAUGAUCGAAUUGAAAAAGUAAAUGAUGUUUCUGUAGUUAAUGUGACACAUGCUACAGCUGUUGACAUAUUAAAAAAAUCUGGCGAUAAAGUGAAACUUUAUAUUCGAAGAGAAAUAACAGAUAAUGAUAUAAAUGAAAUAGAAUUAAUAAAAGGUGAAAAGGGAUUAGGAUUCAGUAUUGCUGGUGGUAUAGGAAACCAACAUAUUCCAGGAGAAAAUGGUAUAUAUAUUACAAAAAUAAUGGAUCAAGGUGCUGCUGAUAUAGAUGGUAGAUUAAAAAUUGGACAUAAAUUAGUCGCCAUUAGAAAUGCAUCUGGAGAUCAAAAUUUAGAAAAUGUUACGCAUGAAGAGGCAGUAGAAGCUUUAAAAAAUGUACAGAAUAAAAUCAUACUUUUCACUAUUGAGCCAAAGAAUCUUGAUAAAUAUCUUAUUGAUAUAAAGAACAAAUCAACCCUCAAUGAUUCGCCAGAUAUGUUUAACAAUCAUAAUAUAAAGAAUUUAUCUGAAUCUAUCGUAGAUAAUCCAUCAUCAGACAUUACAUCCCAAAGUACAGCUCACGAGAUUGAUAAUAGUAUGAAAAAACAGAGUGAAACCGUUACAUUAAACAAAGGCCCUUAUGGUUUGGGUUUCAAUAUCAUUGGGGGAGAUGAUGGAGAAGGUAUAUUUAUUUCAUUUAUAUUAAAAGAUGGACCAGCUGAUAUUAAUGGUCACUUAUACAAAGGAGAUAAAAUAAAAAGCGUCAAUGGAAUUAAUUUUUUAAAUAUCUCGCACGAAGAAGCUGCAUGUAUAUUAAAGGGAACUGGUGAAAUAGUUACAUUGAUUGUUCAACAUAACAUGGAUGAAUAUGAGAAAUUUGAAAAAAAACUUCAUUAUUUAAAAGAAUGUCAAAUACAACAAUCACUUAACGGAGGAUCUUUAAUUAAAACUACACAGAAGAAAUCCAUGUUUGUCAGGGCACUUUUCGAUUACGAUCCCAAUAAAGAUGAUGGUUUACCAAGUCAUGGACUCACUUUUCAAUUUGGAGAUAUUCUACAUGUAACAAACGCAAGCGACGAUGAAUGGUGGUUAGCAACAAAAGUUUAUUCUGAAAAUAAUGAAGGUUUUGGUAUAAUUCCUGCUCGUAAACGUUGGGAAAGAAAACAACGAGCUAGAGAUCGAUCUGUUAAAUUUGAAGGACAUAUGUCGGUUCUUCUUGAUAAACAGAAUGUUUUAGAUAAAAGGAAAAAGAAUUAUUCGUUUAGUCGAAAAUUUCCAUUCAUGAAAAAUAAGGACGAAAAGUUUGAUGAUUAUUCUCAACAAGAACAAUCAUAUAUGUUAUGUUACACACAAGAUGAUGCCAAAAUUGAAGAUAAUGGCAGCAAAGAAAUUUUAUAUCGUGUGGAAUUACCUUAUAUGGAAGAAUUGACAUUAGUUUAUUUAGAAAAAGAUGAUGAUGAAGAAACCAAUCAACAAUUAUGUAGCGAAGAUAAUAUUUUGACAUAUGACAAAGUUAAAAAAAUAAAAAUCAAUUAUACAAGACCAGUUAUUAUCCUUGGACCAAUGAAAGAUAGAAUAAACGAUGAUCUAAUCACUCAAUUUCCAGAAAAAUUUGGUAGUUGUAUUCCACAUACCACACGACCAAAAAAAGAUACGGAAAUAGAUGGGCGAGAUUAUUAUUUUAUAGUUUCUCGAGAAGACAUGGAGCGUGAUAUUCAAAAUCAUUUCUUUAUUGAAGCCGGACAAUAUAAUGAAAACCUAUAUGGUACUUCUAUUGCUUCUGUAAGAGAAGUUGCAGAAAAGGGUAAACACUGUAUUCUUGAUGUUAGUGGAAAUGCAAUUAAAAGACUAUAUGCUGCACAUCUCUAUCCAAUAGCAUUAUUUAUUAAAGUACCAUCAUUAGAAUCUGUAAUGAAUAUUAAUAAAAAAAUUACAGAAGAUCAAGCAAAGAAAAUUUACUAUCGCUCUUUAAGAAUAGAACAAGAAUUUGCUGAACAUUUUACAGGUAUAAUUGAAGGUCAAACUUAUCAAGACAUAUAUACAAAAAUAAAGCAAAGUAUUUCGAAACACUCAGAUCAAUAUAUUUGGGUUUCAUGUAAAUUUUCAAAUGUUUAAACAAGUGUUUUAGUUUAGUAGUUUAGCAUAAUAUCAAAUAUAAAGUAUUUAUAUAUA